AUGGACGAUGUCAUCACAGGAUCAGACGACGUUGAAACGGCGCUGGAAAUACGAUUUCAAUUGGACAAGAUGAUGUCGAGGAGAGGUUUAAAACUAAGAAAAUGGGCUUCCAAUUGCUCCAAGGUGCUGGACGAUAUCCCACCCGAAGAUUUGGCGAUUAGAGAUUCCGAGGAGGUUUCUCUGGAUCCAAUGGCUUCCGUAAAAACUCUAGGCCUAACAUGGCUGCCAAAACCCGAUGUACUAAGGUUCCAAUUCAACAUUCCGGAGUUGGAAGAGGAUAUCAAGCUUCUGAAGCGUCAGAUCUUGUUAGUUAUUGCUACAUUAUUUGACCCAUUGGGGUUGCUAAGAGCGGCUAUCACUACGGCAAAAAUAUUUAUGCAGCGUCUGUGGACACUUCAAGAUGAAAAGGGUGGCAAACUGGAAUGGGAUCAGCCACUACCUUCCACGGUGGGUGAGGUUUAG